CGAUAGGGAAGUGGUCACAUGCCAUCAAAUGCCAUCUUUAUUAUUACAAUCUUAUUCAAUGCCAAAACCCACUUCUUCAACCCCUAUUCAACUUAGUGAAGUUUAGUAGCUCACUACCAACUUCCAAUGUCUCCUUCUCUUUCUUUUUCGGUAAAUCGGAGCCCUAAAUUUUCAUUCCAAGGUGAGGUGAAAAAACAUGGAAAUUCGUUGUUUAAUGCAAAUCCAAAUCAUUUAAAAUUCUCAUUUCGAGAAAAACCAGUAUCAACGACACUUACUCCACAUGCUGUCGCAACAGAAAUCCCUACGCAUUGGUAUAAUAUCAUCGCCGACCUCCCCAUCAAACCUCCCCCAUUUCUGCAUCCAAAGACGUUUGCACCAUUGCAACCGCAAGACCUAUCUCAUCUUUUUCCCGAUGAACUGAUUAAGCAGGAGGCAAGCAAUGAACGAUUCAUUGUGAUUCCUGAUGAAGUUAUCGAUGUUUUCAGGCUUUGGCGCCCUACCCCUCUUAUCAGAGCCAAGAGAUUGGAGAAACUACUUGAUACACCCGCAAGAAUUUAUUACAAAUAUGAAGGUGUAAGUCCAGCAGGUUCACACAAACCAAACACCGCUGUCCCUCAGGUUUGGUACAAUGCUCAACAAGGUGUCAAGAACGUUGUCACUGAAACAGGUGCAGGUCAAUGGGGGUGCUCUUUAGCGUUUGCUUCCAGCUUAUUUGGGCUCAACUGUGAAGUGUGGCAGGUUCGGGCUUCUUAUGAUCAGAAACCAUAUCGGAAACUGAUGAUGCAAACAUGGGGAGCUAAAGUUCACCCGUCUCCUUCAAACAUCACGGAAUCAGGCCGGAGAAUCCUUGAAACGGAUCCGUUAAGUCCAGGGAGCUUGGGAAUUGCCAUUUCAGAGGCUGUGGAAGUUGCAGGUCUUAACGAAGAUACCAAGUAUUGCUUAGGAAGUGUUCUGAAUCAUGUUUUGUUACAUCAGACUGUUAUUGGGGAAGAAUGUAUUAAGCAGAUGGGGGAUUUAGGGGAGACUCCUGACAUCAUCAUUGGUUGUACGGGUGGUGGGUCGAAUUUUGCAGGGCUCUGUUUCCCUUUUAUCCGGGAAAAACUCAAAGGAAAAAUCAACCCUGUUAUAAGAGCUGUCGAGCCUACUGCUUGCCCUUCAUUGACCAAAGGUGUUUAUGCUUAUGAUUAUGGAGAUACUGCUCAAUUGACUCCAUUGAUGAAGAUGCAUACACUCGGUCAUGAUUUCAUUCCUGACCCUAUUCAUUCCGGAGGGUUGAGGUAUCAUGGAAUGGCGCCACUGAUUUCACACAUCUAUGAAUUAGGUUUCAUGGAAGCAAUCGCAAUUCCACAGAUUGAAUGCUUUCGAGGGGCCAUACAAUUUGCUCGAUCAGAAGGACUGAUACCAGCACCGGAGCCUACACAUGCCAUAGCCGCAGCAAUACGAGAAGCCCUUCACUGCAAAGAGAGCGGCGAAUCAAAAGUGAUAUUAAUGGCAAUGUGUGGCCAUGGCCAUUUUGACCUUCCUGCUUACGAGAAAUACUUACAGGGCGCCAUGGUUGAUUUGUCUUUCUCAGAAGACAAAAUGCAAGCUUCUCUCGCCAAUAUCCCACAUUUAACCUAAAAUCUUACACCUUUUGUCUUUUUGGUUAAUAAAAACAAUCAUAAACUCAAUAAAUUUACACUAAUUCACAUUACAAUACAUAUGUGUUGGAAUCAUAAUUCAACAGAACCACACCACACCGUGUUUAUUCAAAACCCCCCAUUGAAGAAAACAGAUUGGCUAUGAAGAGGAAUACGCCGGCAAUAGUCAGAUAUAUACCGACCUUGUCUUGAUUUGUUAUAUACGUCGCCAUGCGGGCAGCUUUACACGAAUCACAAUCAAAACAUUUGACAUGCUUUGGUUUAUUCAAUGUCGCAUUCGCCCAUUUUACGCAAUCAUCGUUUUCGCUUACACUCCCCAACUCAAACAAUUUGCGUGCACAUUUUGGCGGAGGCACACAACACCCUUCCUAAAAAUUCGUAGUAAUUUUCUAUUUUCCAAUCGUCGUCUUUAUCAAGGAACUUUUCAGGUCCACGAUCUUCUUCACAAAACUUAAUCUCCGUCAAACACUCAUCAACCAUCGGCCACACGUUGUCGGCAACCAUGGCUUCGAUAAGCAUCGGCUUAUAUUUUUCAUCUAGAGGUGAAUCCUCCUUAUAAACAUCAUCGAAAACGGCUGAUGUCGAUUUUCUGAUCCACCCGAACAUAAGCAAACGCCAAACGACAAUGGCCAUGACAUAAAGAAGUCCGAUGUUGACCAAGAAAGUAAAGAGCCAUUGAAAGAAUUUGACUUUACAACAUACGAUUCCGACGAGGCCUAGGAGGCAUGUAACCAAGACGCCGGUCAUCAAAUAUGUUGGCCAUAACACAGUGUCCUCUAAACAUGUUUCGGUAUGGAGAGCCACCAUACGUACGCCGAUUUCUAAAGCCCGUCUGCCUAGCAGAUAUAUUGAGCCGGCGGUGCCACCCAUUAGCCAAAUGGUCAGCAAUAUUCGUGCAAACAAUCCCAUUUUUUUUUCUUUUUUAUCAGUGUCGAUAAGAGAGAAAUGUGUGUCCUGUUAUGUCCCUUAUGGAGAAAGUUUACAUUUGCGAAUUGACAUAGAAAAUGAAUAACGGAUGUUCGUAAAUUUUGUUAGUGUAUAAAAGUUUGAUACUUUGGUAAAAUGUGUUUUUAUUAUCCGAAUCGUCCUCUCACCCUCUAUCUAUCUUCCUC